GAAUCUGUGGCCCCUCCCCUGAGCCCGUCACCUCUAUAUAGAGGGGACAGAGCACAUCAGGCUCUCGGUCUGCCCAGCUGCUCGCAAACACCCGUCCGGACGCGCCUGCAUCUUCGGCUUUCCUCCUGGACCUCUGUGCCCUUUGAGCCAAAAUGGCACAGAAGAGCCAACUCAGCGACGAUGAGAAAUUCCUCUUUGUGGAUAAGAACAUCCUCAGCACCACAGUGGCCCAGGCCGACUGGUCGGCCAAGAAGCUGGUCUGGGUCCCUUCGGAGAAGCAUGGCUUCGAAGCCGCAAGCAUCAAGGAGGAGAAGGGGGACGAGGUGCUGGCCGAGCUGGCCGAGAACGGGAAGAAAGUGACCUUCAGCAAGGAUGACAUCCAGAAGAUGAACCCGCCCAAGUUCUCCAAGGUGGAGGACAUGGCCGAGCUCACCUGCCUCAACGAAGCCUCCGUCCUGCACAACCUCCGGGAGAGAUAUUUCUCGGGCCUCAUUUACACCUACUCAGGGCUUUUCUGCGUGGUGGUCAACCCUUACAAGCAGCUGCCCAUCUACUCGGAGAAGAUCGUGGACAUGUACAAGGGGAAGAAGCGCCACGAGAUGCCGCCCCACAUCUAUGCCAUUGCCGACACUGCCUACCGGAGCAUGUUGCAGGAUCGAGAGGAUCAAUCCAUCCUUUGCACGGGAGAAUCGGGCGCAGGCAAGACAGAAAACACCAAGAAAGUGAUUCAGUAUUUGGCCGUGGUCGCCUCCUCGCAUAAGGGUAAAAAAGACACCAGCAUCACGCAAGGCCCCAGUUUUGCUUACGGCGAGUUGGAAAAGCAGCUUCUCCAGGCCAAUCCCAUCCUGGAAGCUUUUGGAAACGCCAAAACUGUGAAGAAUGAUAACUCCUCCCGAUUCGGCAAAUUUAUCCGCAUCAACUUUGACGUGACGGGGUACAUCGUGGGAGCAAAUAUUGAAACCUAUUUGCUGGAAAAAUCUCGCGCUAUUCGGCAGGCCCGAGAGGAAAGGACCUUUCAUAUCUUUUACUAUUUACUUGCCGGAGCCAACGAACAAAUGAAGAUGGACCUCCUGCUGGAAGGCUUCAACAACUACACCUUCCUCUCCAACGGCUACGUGCCCAUCCCUUCUCAGCAGGACAGCGAAAUGUUCGAGGAGACCCUGGAAGCCAUGACUAUUAUGGGAUUCACGGAAGAAGAACAAGUUGCCAUGCUGAAAGUGGUCUCAUCGGUUCUCCAGCUGGGCAAUAUCGUCUUCAAGAAGGAGAGAAACACCGAUCAGGCAUCCAUGCCGGACAACACAGCUGCCCAAAAGGUUUGCCACCUCACGGGCAUCAACGUGACCGACUUCACACGGUGCAUCCUCACCCCGCGGAUCAAGGUUGGCCGAGACGUCGUUCAGAAGGCCCAGACCAAGGAACAGGCGGACUUUGCCAUAGAGGCCUUGGCCAAAGCCACCUACGAGCGCCUCUUCCGCUGGAUCCUCACCCGGGUCAACAAAGCCUUGGACAAGACCAAAAGGCAAGGCGCUUCCUUCUUGGGCAUCCUGGACAUUGCCGGCUUUGAGAUUUUCGAGAUCAACUCCUUCGAGCAGCUUUGCAUCAACUACACCAACGAGAAGCUGCAGCAGCUCUUCAACCACACCAUGUUCAUCCUGGAGCAGGAGGAGUACCAGCGCGAGGGCAUCGAGUGGAACUUCAUUGACUUCGGGCUGGACCUGCAGCCUUGCAUUGAGCUGAUCGAGAGGCCGAAUAACCCCCCUGGCGUCCUGGCCUUGCUGGACGAGGAAUGCUGGUUCCCAAAGGCCACCGACACCUCCUUUGUGGAGAAGCUGUGCACCGAGCAAGGAAACCACCCCAAGUUCCUGAGGCAGAAGCAGCUGAAGGACAAAACCGAGUUCUGCAUCGUCCACUACGCCGGAAAGGUGUCCUACAACGCCAGCGCCUGGCUGACCAAAAACAUGGACCCUCUGAAUGACAACGUGACAGCCCUCCUCAAUCAGUCUUCGGAGAAGUUUGUGGCAGAUCUCUGGAAAGAGGUGGACCGCAUUGUGGGCCUGGACCAGAUGGCCAAGAUGACCGAGAGCUCCCUGCCCAGCGCUUCCAAGACCAAGAAGGGCAUGUUCCGGACGGUGGGGCAGCUCUACAAGGAGCAGCUGACCAAGCUCAUGACCACCCUAAGGAACACCAACCCCAACUUCGUCCGCUGCAUCAUCCCAAACCACGAAGAGAAGAACCUGCUUCAGGAGCAGCUGCAGGCCGAGACCGAGCUCUAUGCGGAGGCCGAGGAGAUGCGGAUCCGCCUGGCUGCCAAGAAGCAGGAGCUGGAGGAGAUCCUGCACGAGAUGGAGGCCCGGAUCGAGGAGGAAGAGGAGCGUGGGCAGCAGCUGCAGACCGAGAAGAAGAAGCUGCAGCAGCAGAUGCUGGACCUGGAGGACCAGCUGGAGGAGGAAGAAGCUGCGAGGCAGAAGCUGCAGCUGGAGAAGGUCACUGCGGAAGGCAAAAUCAAGAAGAUGGAGGACGACAUCUCGGUCUUGGAAGACCAUAACAGCAAGCUCUCCAAGGAAAGGAAGCUCCUGGAGGAAAGAGUCAGCGAUUUGACGACAAACCUGGCUGAGGAGGAGGAGAAAGCCAAGAACUUGACCAAGCUGAAGAACAAGCACGAGUCCAUGAUUUCGGAACUGGAAGUCCGGCUGAAGAAGGAAGAGAAAUGCCGGCAAGAACUGGAGAAAAUGAAGAGGAAGCUGGAGGGGGACUCGAGCGACUUCCACGAACAGAUCGCUGACCUGCAGGCCCAGAUUGCUGAGCUGAAAAUGCAGCUGGCCAAGAAGGAGGAGGAGCUGCAAGCAGCCUUGGCCAGGUUGGAAGAUGAGAUCAGCCAGAAGAACAACGCGCUGAAAAAGAUCCGGGAGCUGGAAGCCCACAUCUCGGACCUGCAGGAGGACCUGGACUCUGAACGGGCCGCACGCAACAAGGCCGAGAAGCAGAAGCGGGACCUGGGCGAGGAGCUGGAGGCCCUCAAGACGGAGCUGGAAGACACCUUGGACAGCACGGCCACCCAGCAGGAGCUCAGGGCGAAGAGGGAGCAGGAGGUGACGGUCCUGAAGCGAGCGCUGGAGGAGGAGACGCGAGCCCACGAGGCCCAGGUGCAGGAGAUGCGCCAGAGGCACACGCAGGCCGUGGAGGAGCUGGCUGAGCAGCUGGAGCAGUUCAAGCGGGCCAAGGCCAACCUGGACAAGACCAAGCAGACGCUGGAGAAGGGCAACGCGGACCUGAGCAACGAGAUCCGGUCGCUCAACCAGGCCAAGCAGGAGGUGGAGAACAAGAAGAAGAAGCUGGAGGGGCAGGUCCAGGAGCUGCAGGCCAGGUUUGCCGAUGGGGAGAGAGUCCGGACGGAGCUCAACGAGAAAGUCCACAAACUGCAGGCAGAGGCGGAAAGCAUGGCGGUCCUCCUGAACGAAGCCGAGGGCAAGAGCAUCAAGCUGACCAAAGACGUGGUGACUCUCAGCUCCCAGCUGCAGGACACGCAGGAGCUGCUGCAGGAGGAAACGCGGCAGAAGCUCAACCUCUCCACCAAGCUUCGGCAAAUGGAGGACGAGAAGAACGGCCUGCAGGAGCAGCUGGAGGAAGAGCUGGAAGCCAAGCAGAACCUGGAGAGGCAGGUGGCAACCUUAAACGUGCAGCUCUCGGACUCCAAGAGGAAGACGCAGGAGUAUCUUGGCACCAUCGAAGCCAUGGAGGAAGGCAAGAAGAGGCUCCAGAAGGAGGUCGAGGGCCUCACCCAGCAGUUUGAGGAAAAAGCGGCUUCAUACGACAAACUGGAAAAAACCAAGAACCGGCUGCAGCAGGAGCUGGACGACCUCGUGGUUGACCUGGACAACCAACGUCAGAUGGUUUCCAACCUGGAGAAGAAGCAGAAGAAAUUUGACCAGAUGCUUGCGGAGGAGAAGAACAUCUCUUCCAAAUAUGCCGAGGAACGAGACCGAGCAGAAGCCGAGGCCAGAGAGAAGGAGACCAAAGCACUCUCACUGGCCCGAGCUCUGGAGGAGGCCCUGGAGGCCAAGGACGAGCUGGAGAGGACCAACAAAUUGCUGAGAGCAGAGAUGGAAGACCUCGUGAGCUCCAAGGACGAUGUUGGCAAAAACGCGCGGGAACGAGCCGGUGUCCUUCGGCCCCUCGCGCCGAUCGGGGGGUGCCGGUGGCGGCAGGCGGUCGGUCGAAAAUGCCGCCGAAGGCUCGGAGGAAGAGGGAGACCCCCGGGAUGCAAAUUUCAACGGCACAAAAUCCAGCGACUAACCAGCACACCCCCCCUCCGCCUCCACGCUUGCCCGUUUGACUGCUGCACCCGAAAAAGAAAAGGGGGGCCACUCUGGGUCUGUUCGCCUGUCCCAAAGCCACGCCCUCCCCGAUCACAGCUGCCUUUACUCCCCUGUAGACACUAGUUGGGCAGCUGCCCUUCUGCGAGGGCCACGCCCAUGUCCUGUCUGACCACACCAGAAGCGCUGCGUACCCCUGGGAGAGGAAGCCCCCUUGCC